AUGGACGACGCAAAGGGCCUCGCGUUGGCUCUCGAAGAAGCUAGGAUAGGAUACCAAGAAGGUGGAGUUCCGAUCGGCGCGGCGCUGGUGGCUGCUGACGGCAGAGUACUGGGUCGGGGGCAUAACAUGAGGGUUCAGAAUGGGAAUCCGAUUCUCCAUGGCGAAACUUCCUGUCUCCAGAACGCGGGCCGGCUGCCGUCGUCGGCGUAUAAGGGGAGCACGAUGUACACGACGCUUUCGCCGUGCGAUAUGUGCACCGGCGCUUGCAUCCUAUACGGCAUAUCGCGCGUCGUCGUCGGCGAGAACACCACGUUCCUGGGCGGCGAGGCGUACCUCAAGCGCCGCGGCGUCGAGGUCGUGGUCCUCGACUCGCCCGAGUGCAAGGAGUUGAUGGAGAGGUUUAUCAGGGAGAAGCCUGAGGUGUGGAACGAGGAUAUCGGUGUGGAGGAGAGGGUUUAUUCCCGAGAAGCCAUCACGGAGCGUCCGGAAGCAUAA